AUAAUAUUUUACACGGUCUUAUAAAUUUAUUAAAUUAUCGUAAAAUGUGUUCUGAAAAGUGAAUACAUAAAAGAUGUAAUCACAGACCACAGUUUAAGGUAAAUAAAAUUAUAAUAUAGCCGAAUUUCAUCGCAUUCAAAACUCAAAAUUUAAAUAAACAUAGUAAAGAUUUCGGAUUAGCACCUGUUAUCAAAAUUUCAAUUAAGUGAACAAUUAAAAAAUUCCGAUUACAGAGUAAUUUAAGAAUUGAUGAUGCUCUUUAACACAUUGCCUCGAUUCCUUCCUGGUAGGAGUAAUUACUUGGUCCUUUCUCGAUGCAAACAUGUACAAGCAGCUCGUUAUAAACGAUCUAUUAAGGGUAACAAACCACUAACUUACGAGAUGGCUGGGCCACCACAUACUAUUGCUCACAUCAAGGGUUGGAACUCAUGGAACACAUGCAACAUGUUGGAUGGUUUAAGACCGGCCGAAACUGCUAUAGACGAUGAGUUCAUUCGUCGUUUCAUGACUGGUACUUGGCACGAUUUAAUAGCUAGUGAAAUAAUCAUAAAAAGACAACACAACAUAAUAAGAAUAGCUGCUAUUACUGUACAGAAAAUUAGUGUAACUAAAAUGUAUUUUCUGAUUGGUUAUACGGAAGAACUUUUAAGUUAUUGGCUGCAAUGUCCCAUCAAGUUAGAAUUACAGACUGUCGAAGACCGAACUGCAGUGGUAUUUAAAUAUAUUUAGUCGUUUGGAAAUACAUUUUUGUUGUGCUUAUUAGAAUUUUUGAAAUAGGUUUAAUGUAAUAAUAUUAAAUAUGUAAAUACUUACUUAUUUUUUUAUUAAAGUAAAUUAUUACAUUAAAAGUUGGUAUCAUAAUAAGUUCUUGUUAAUUUUGUUACCAUUGAUUAUUGUGUAUAGUUUUGUAUGAUAAAACAAAAUUAUUGUCGUAAAA